AUGGCUACCGAAACUGCAGGCCCGCGCAAGUGCCUGGGAGCCGACUGCGGAAAGGACGCCACCGCGCUGCAAUGUCCUACCUGCCAGAAGUUGGGAAAAGAGUCCUACUUCUGCUCGCAAGAUUGCUUCAAGAAGAACUGGAGUGAGCACAAGGCACUACACAAGGCCGCCGGCGCAACCUCAAAAACCGGUCAUUACAACCCCUUCCCGUCCUUCUCUUUUACCGGCGACCUUCGCCCCGUGUACCCUCUGUCGCCCCGCAGAGAAGUCCCUAAGACUAUACCACACCCCGACUAUGCGAAGGAUGGUAUUCCGAAGAGUGAGCAGAUCUUUGUCAACAGGCACAAGAUCAAGGUUCUCGACGCGAAAGAGAUCGAGGGUAUGAGGAAGGUCUGCCGCCUGGCGAGAGAAGUGCUGGACGAGGCCGCCAGGGCAGCCGUGCCUGGCGUUACAACCGAUUAUAUCGACGAGGUCGUCCACAAGGCCUGCGUCGCCCGUAAUUCUUACCCGUCCCCGCUUAACUACUGCCACUUCCCGAAGUCGGUUUGCACCUCUCUCAACGAAAUCAUUUGCCACGGUAUUCCCGACCAGCGCGUCUUGCAAGACGGUGAUAUUCUCAACAUCGACGUCACGCUCUACCACGAAGGGUUCCACGGCGAUAUCAACGAGACAUACUACAUCGGCGAGAAGGCGCUUGCCGACGCGGACUCGAUUCGCGUCGUCGAGACGGCACGCGACACUCUGGACGAGGCUAUCAAGAUCGUCAAGCCAGGCAUGCUAUUCCGCGACCCUGGCAACGUCAUCGAGAAGCUGGCGAAGCAGAGGAACUGCAGCGUGAUCAAGACGUACUGCGGCCAUGGUAUCAACCAACUGUUCCACUGCCCGCCCAACGUCCCGCACUAUGCAAAGAACAAGGCUGUUGGUACGGCCAAGCCCGGCAUGUGCUUCACCAUCGAGCCCAUGAUUGCACUGGGAACGCACAGGGACAAGACCUGGCCGGAUGAUUGGACCAGUGCCACGCAGGACGGCAAGAGGACUGCACAGUUUGAACAUACCCUGCUUGUCACUGAGGAUGGCGUGGAAGUCCUGACGGCUAGGCUACCGGAUUCGCCUGGCGGUCCUGUCCCGAUACCUGGAAUCACGGACGGAACCAAGGAGGCCACUAACGAUCACAUCGUCGAACUACCAAAGCCCGACGCUUCCGCGCAGCUGCCGUUGACCUCUCCAUCGCAAUCUUCUACCCAGCAUCCUCGCGCUCGAAAGCUUUUCAAGAUGUCUGGCGAGGCGUGGCUCUACCUCCUCGCUGUCCUCAUAAAUGCGGUCAACCUCUUCCUCCAGGUCUUCUUCACGAUCAUGUACUCUGAUCUCGAAUGCGACUACAUCAACCCCAUCGAUCUUUGCAACCGUCUGAACACCUACAUCAUCCCCGAAGCCGCUGUCCACGCCUUCCUGACGUUCCUCUUCCUCAUCAACGGCUACUGGAUUGCUCUGCUGCUCAACCUGCCCCUCCUGGCAUGGAACGCGAAGAAGAUCCUUGAGAACCAGCACCUUCUGGACGCGACCGAGAUUUUCAGGAAGCUCAACGUGCACAAGAAGGAAUCCUUCAUCAAGCUCGGUUUCCACUUGGUUAUGUUCUUCUUUUACCUCUACAGCAUGAUCGUCGCCUUGAUCCGCGAUGAGACGCACUGA